AGCAUUUGUUCAAGGUAAUUAACCUUCUAAUAUAGUAUGGCAGAUCCUUGGUAGGCAAGAGCCCUCGGCCGGGCAAAGUCAGAGUCGCCCGCAACAUUGAAGCCGUGAAUUGUUUACCUAGUAGGCUCGGUAGAAGAACGCACACAGCCGUGUCAUAAACAAUCGGUUUGUCCACUCCCCCCUUGCCUUCAUCGUAUUCCACGUCAAGAUCACGCAAGAUGCGAUUCGAUGACACCAUCCAUUUUGAUUCAUUGGCCGAAGGGGUUUGUUGCCCCCUAAGGUCUUUGUUUUGGGCUAAGCGCCAUGUCCCUCUCCUGAGCCGCACUCGUGCUGUCAGUGCAACUGGGAGUUCUCUGGAAGAGCCUAGAGCACUCGAGUCAUUGGCCGACUUGUCUGAAGAGAUCUGGCUGAUGAUCAUGAACUACAAGUCCUUGGCUCAACUACCUGACGACAUCUUGGUCCUGAUUAUGAAACAACUGUCCCCAGACUCGCUUUGGGCACUCAGACAGACCUCUUCAAUCUUUUUUCGAAUCUUCAAAUCUGAAGACUUUUGUCGGUUUCAUGGAGAACCAGGUUGCCAUGACCGCCACUGGCCGUUUUCGCUGCGUUCUCUGACGCCAGAUGAGCGUGAGACUGUCAGGAAGUAUAUACGACCAUCAAACGCCGCCCGCAAAGGCACAAUGGCGAUGGAACGCUGUGGCGCAUGCGCCGAGGUCCACAAACGCGGCGAACAUGACCGUCGUCUUGUCAGGCUUCGCAGACUAUACUUUUGCCAUGCUUGCAAAGAGAACCAUGCAGGUGUCUUUUUCUCCGCCCAAAGCCUAAGAGAAUAUAAAAGAGGUGCCGACAUUAUGUGUAUCGGAAGGAUAGGCUGGUCGACGCUUUGGUCUCAAAGCUCCACUCCACCUAUCACUUGGGAAACACUGGACAAAGUCAUGUCCCAGGAGGGAUACGAUGACACGACUCUGGGGACAUGGGACUUUCCUUGCGCCACCUCGCCAGUGGAGGAUGACCAGAAGAAGCGCAAUCUAUGCAAGGUUCCGAUACUCAACAGAGAACCAGCAUAUGAGCAUGAGCAUGUCACGCUUGUGUUCGGAUGGGACCUUCCUCUAUUCGAAAUUGAUGCUUCAGAAACACCAAGUCUUGGGGCUAUUCGAGAAUUCGCCGCGAACUUGGUGAACAACGGGGUGCUACGGGGCCUACAAUGCUGCCAACACAUGGUAGACCGAGGUGUGCUCCAGGACUUCGCCAUGUCCGGCAUCUGUGGAUACUUUGCAACACUAGACAAUGACAUUUUUCAUGGGGUAUCUUACUCAAGAAAAGAUCUUACGUGCUUAUGCGCUGGCGAGCGGGUCCAGGACUGUGAAGAGUGCGGUGGACAAUACGGCUGGCGGCUUCUUUCGGGUCGAGUCUGGCUGAGCUAUCGCUACGUCUGGAAUAUACGCAGAGCAACAAGUCCUGGAUGGCUUGGGUUGGUGGAUGACAUACCGGCUCUCGUGCACGAUGACGAUAGCAAGUAUCUUCUGUGGUGCGACCAACCAGGAUGUCUCACGGGGCAAGGACGACGAUGGAUGGAGCUGGUCAAGGAGGUGACUUGGCUGCAGUGUUUCCGAUUCGAGGCGACCAGAAUGAUGGUUGAUGAGACGGAAAGAAUGGCCGGGGACAUGGAGGAUAUGUUGACGAAGAGGAACGAGGGAGGGCCUGACCGAAGGUAUCAAUGCCCUCCCCAGUUGCCUGAGGCCUACUUAAGCAAAGAAGAGCUCCGCAGACGCGCCGACAAGGUGCUGGAAGAGAUCAGAUCCGCCCGCGAGGGAGGCCCAAGGACGUAGCCCGAGGUCUGAGGGGCGUCGAGCAGCAUUUCCUCCCAACGUGGGCGAGCAUUGGGCUGUAGACGUGUCCAAACAAGCCCAGCGGUCGUUUGAAGAGCAAAUGGAGGUAUUUGGUUUGUGUCUCUUCUAGACUAGAUAUCGG